GUGAUUGCCAACAACAACAGGAAAUGAGCGAACUUUGAACAGGAUUCCAUUAUAAUCUGAUUUAGUUUGUGUUACAAAGAGAGUACGGAUUUUGUGCCUAGUGUACGUUAACGUCUUCUGUGUAGUGGAAAGCAGCUUGUGGCAUCAUGUUGAAAAGCGUUGUCAGGAGGAUCGUCAGCACUGAUUUAGCUCCUAAACCAGUCGCUCCCUAUAACCAAGCUGUUGUGAUAGACAACACAGUGUAUUUAUCUGGAGUUAUUGGAUUGGAUCCAAGUACAAACAAGUUGGUCGAUGGAGAUACCGUUGCACAAGCCAAGCAAGCAUUUAUUAACUUGAAGCACAUUCUGGAAGCAGCAAAUUCUAGUUAUGGAAAUGUUGUGAAAACCACAGUACUGUUUGCAGACAUUAAUGACUUUGCUACCGUGAAUGAUCUUUACAAACAAUAUUUCAAGGAACCAUAUCCAGCAAGGACUGCUUACCAAGUAGCAAAGCUUCCAUUGGAUGCAAAAAUUGAAAUUGAAGCCAUUGCAGUGGUUGGAGAAAUGGUAGAUUGAACUUGCUAAAUAUAAAAAAACAAAGCUGUAAGGAAUAUGUUUUACAAUGGAAUCUCUCGUUGCUUAUUUGUAUCUGUGGAAUGUGAAUGAGCAUUUGAAAAUAUAAAGGUGUUAUUUUCAUUGGUUUAUUUGUUAAAUGUUUCUGUUGAAUUAUUAGUAAGAAAUAGGAAAUACAGAGUGCUUUAUAAUUAGAAUUAUUAAGGAAUUGUGUUUUCUUACAUACUAAAUGUGGCAUUAACUUGAUUAAAAUGCUAAUGAUUUCAGUAAGGAAUAUAUUAUUCUGUCUGUACACUCCACAAGAAACAAUCUGUUCAGUGACAAAACUGUUGUUAAUAUUAUAUAAAUUUCUUAAGUCAUGAUAUGUGACAUUGAUGUGGAUUGUUUCAAUAUACAAAUGCUAAAUUGGGUGCUUAGAAUGUGGAAAUGUGGAUAACAUGUAAACAUUAAAAAGUUUAUAUUCAUUUAA